GUAUGUGUCCGCCACGCCACCCCAGAACGGAGAAAUGGAAGGCGCCGAUGGCAUGGCAUGGUGGAUGGAGGAUCUGAACGGCAACGCAGGGCCCGGGCAAGCCGGCGUCACCUACAGGUCCGUGAAAGAAUGCCAGAGCCCCACGAAGCUGAUAGCU